UGAUCUGAUUGGUAGGAAGUUGGACUGGUAACUGCCUUUGAUGUCUCAUCUCGUACACAACCUGCUCCGAGGCAGCAUGAAUGACCGUGGUGAUUCAGCCCGGUGAGAAGAGAACCAGCUUCGUAGGACAGACAACCCACAGAUACUACGCCAUACCCGGGAUACGGGAUAUCGACGCCCGCCUGUGACGUCAUCGAGCGGGGCGGGGACACAUUCCAGCCGCCGUCUACUUUUGUCCCUACGUGGAGGAGGCAGAACUCCAGACUGGACGCUGUCUGGAAUUUAAGGCGCACCGACGUCCCACCUCUUUCUGACUGGCCACCUCGGGUCAAUCACAGAAAAUGUCUGGAAAGAUCACAAAAGAGGAGAUGGAGGAGCUGAGGCUGGUCUUUGGGAAAAUUGAUCUGGACAACAACGGACAUAUCUGUGAUUAUGAACUCAACGAGCUCCUCAAAGAGGCCGGCCACAGCCAACCUGGGUACGUGGUCCGCGAGAUCAUCCAGAAACUCGAUCGCAACGCGGACAAUCGGAUCAGCUUUGAAGAGUUUUUGACGAUCGUCCAGGAGCUGAAGGGCAGUGAGAUAGCAAAAACCUUCCGCAAGGCCAUCAACAGAAAAGAAGGCAUCCUGGCUAUUGGGGGGACGUCCGUGCAGUCGAGCGAAGGAACACAACACUCGUUCUCUGAGGAGGAGCGGUUUGCAUUUGUGAACUGGAUCAACACUGCUCUGGAAAAAGACCCUGACUGCCAACAUGUCCUGCCGAUGGAUCCCAACACAGACUCCCUGUUCAAGUGUGUUGGAGAUGGUGUAGUACUCUGCAAAAUGAUCAACCUGUCGGUGCCGGACACGAUUGAUGAGCGAACCAUAAAUAAGAAGAAGCUUUCGCCAUUUACAAUACAGGAGAAUCUGAACCUGGCCCUGAACUCAGCCUCCGCCAUCGGCUGCCACGUGGUGAACAUUGGCGCUUUAGACCUGAAAGAGGGGAAGCCCCAUCUGGUGCUGGGCCUGCUGUGGCAGAUCAUCAAGAUCGGUCUGUUUGCCGACAUCGAGCUCAGCAGAAAUGAAGCUCUUGCGGCGUUACUGAGAGAUGGGGAGACACUGGAGGACCUAAUGAAGCUGUCUCCAGAGGAGCUGCUGUUGCGCUGGGCAAACUUUCACCUGGAAAACGCUGGCCAGCCAAAAAUCAACAACUUCAGCUCUGACAUCAAGGACUCAAAGGCCUAUUUUCACCUGCUGAAUCAAAUCUCUCCGAAAGGCACAGACGAAGAGCAGCCUCGCAUAGACAUCAACAUGUCCGGCUUCAGUGAGAAGGACGACGUGAGGAGGGCAGAGGCCAUGCUGCAGCAGGCCGACAGGCUCGGCUGUCGACAGUUUGUCACCCCAACUGACGUCGUUAGCGGAAACCCCAAACUUAACCUCGCUUUCGUGGCCAAUCUGUUCAACAAAUAUCCAGCACUGACCAAACCCGAGAACGAGGACAUUGACUGGGGACUGUUGGAAGGUGAGACAAGGGAAGAGAGAACUUUCAGAAACUGGAUGAACUCACUGGGAGUGAACCCGCAUGUCAAUCAUCUUUAUGGAGACCUACAGGACGCCAUGGUCAUCCUUCAGCUCUACGAGAAGAUUAAAGUGCACGUUGACUGGAACAAGGUCAACACGCCACCUUACCCCAAACUGGGCGGUUACAUGAAAAAGUUGGAGAAUUGCAACUAUGCAGUCGACCUCGGCAAAACGGCCAAGUUCUCCCUCGUCGGCAUCGGCGGACAGGACCUGAAUGACGGGAAUUCUACUCUGACCCUGGCGCUGGUGUGGCAGCUGAUGAGAAGAUAUACAUUGAAUGUACUGGAGGGACUGGGAGACGGACAUAAAGUCAAUGACGACAUCAUUGUAAAGUGGGUGAACAAGACGUUGGCAGAGGCUGGAAAAUCUACCAAGAUUUCAAGCUUUAAGGACAAGGAGAUCAGCAGCAGUUUGGCGGUGUUGGAGCUGAUCGACGCCAUCCAGCCCGGCAGCAUCAACUAUGAUCUGAUAAAGACCGGCAGUCUCUCCGAAGACGACAAGCUGGAAAACGCCAAAUAUGCCGUGUCCAUGGCGAGGAAAAUCGGAGCCCGUGUCUACGCCCUCCCGGAGGACCUCAUGGAGGUCAAACCCAAAAUGGUGAUGACGGUGUUCGCCUGCUUGAUGGGUCGGGGGAUGAAGCAUGUCUAAGAGACUGGCUGGGAUCAGUGUGACAUUAACUAGACUUGUACCCACAAGCCAUUUAGAGUUUUAAAAGAGUACCCCCAACCGAAGGGAAAUGAAGAGUGGUUGUUAUUUGAAGAGAGAGUGAUGCAGUCCGAAUCGUACAGUUGUAUUUGCAUGUAUCCCCUGCCUCGUUUGAUUGACAGAGGCGUUUACUGAAGAAGAAUAAUAUGCUGUCCUCUUAUUUAAAGUGGGUCCAAAAAAUGCUAAAAUCUCUAAAGAGAUUGGUCUUGUGUUACAGGCUACAACUUUGUUAAUUUCAAUAUCCAGAACUCUUAAAAUGAUGUAUGCGGUUUUUUAAAAGCGAGUAUGCGUAUUUCCAGCUGCAAGGUUGUUUACAUAUUUUUACUCAAGACUGAUAAUUAAUUAUAUCCUUGACGGGGCGACACAUUCCUGAAUACCACGCUGAUGAAGGAAAAACUUGACAAGGAGAGAAAAAAAAAAGAAAAGAAGAAAAAAAAAACGAGUCUGAGAGGGGGGAUGUUUGGGUGCAGCACACGUCAAAAAAAAACACCCAAAUGUUCGUUCUCACUUAAUGAAGUACAAGUCUUAAUAACUGGCACCAAUAACUUCUACAUAUCUGCAUACAGAAGCACUAGGGUCAAAUCAUACUAAUAACUGGCCCUGUGUGCUCUCUGGAUGCUUGUACUCGUCAUUUAUUUGUUUCUUUGGGAUUGAUUUGUGAGGUAAAUGCUGUUUUGUCUUUUUUGGGGCGUCUGGUGUCUUUAUUUUGUAUUUUGGUCUGUUACGUUGGAUGAGGAGCAGGCGGACUGGACUCUCCUGGCUCCUGCUGUGCCUUCUUCUGGACUUGUACUUGUGCUUUGAGGUUUUUCCCCCCAUUUCUUUUGUAUUCAACAUUAGCAAAUAUAAACAGUAACUUCAUUCCAGGUAGCUUCGUGAUAUUCUAUGACAAUGGCCAAAUUGUAUUUGGUCUCAUGUUCAUAUCUACUCAUAAGUGCUUUACAUGUAACAAUAAAUACGAUUUUGAAAACUG